UUUAUCUUUCUUUAUUAUCUUUAUACUAUGACUGACGCACCAAAGAAACUCUGGGGAGGACGAUUCUCUGGCGCUGUGGAUCCUCUUAUGGAUGCCUUUAAUGCUUCUAUUCAUUUUGACAAGCGCAUGUAUGCAGCAGACUGUAUUGGUUCCAUUGCUUAUGCUAAAGCACUUGCCAAAAACAACAUCAUCUCAACAGAAGAACGUGACCAACUCGUACAAGGUCUUCAACAGGUCAUGGAGGAAUGGGAAUCCGGUGCAUUUGUGAUCAAGGCUGGUGAUGAAGAUAUCCAUACUGCCAACGAACGUCGCUUAGGUGAAAUUAUCGGUUCAGUUGCAGGCAAGCUUCAUACAGGUCGCUCUCGUAAUGAUCAAGUAGCUACUGAUAUGCGCCUUUGGCUGCGUGAAGAAGCCACCAAGAUCUUGGCUCACUUGAAAGAAUUGAUUUCUGUGGCUGUCAACCGUGCCGAGAAGGAACUAGACGCACUUAUGCCUGGUUAUACUCAUUUACAACGUGCUCAACCUAUUCGCUGGUCUCACUUUCUCUUAUCUCAUGCUUGGCUUUGGCAAUCAGAUGCUGAUCGCUUAGAGCAAUUGAUUGAAAGACUUAAUGUGCUACCCUUGGGUAGUGGUGCUUUGGCUGGACAUGUUUUCAAUAUUGAUCGUAGUUUCUUAGCCAAGGAAUUAGGCUUCCGUGACUAUAUUCAUAACUCACUUUAUGCAGUUAGUGAUCGUGACUUUGUUGCUGAAUUUCUGUUCUGGGCUAGUUUGACCAUGGUUCAUAUCUCUCGUAUUGCUGAAGACUUGAUUAUUUAUUCUAGUGCUGAAUUCGGUUUUGUCAAGUUAGCUGAUGCUUAUAGUACUGGAUCUAGCUUGAUGCCUCAAAAGAAGAACCCUGAUAGUUUGGAAUUAUUGCGUGGCAAGAGCGGCCGUGUGUUUGGUAGUAUGUCUGGUUUUAUGAUGUCUUAUAAGGGUAUUCCUAGUACAUACAACAAGGAUCUUCAAGAAGACAAAGAACCUAUGUUUGAUGCCGCCGAUACUUUGUCUGGCUCUCUUCAGAUCACUGCUGGUGUGUUGAGCACACUCUCAAUUUUCCCUGAAAAAAUGCUUGCUAGUUUAAGUGGUGAUAUGUUGGCUACUGAUUUGGCUGAAUAUCUUGUUCGCAAGGGCGUUCCAUUCCGUGAAACACAUCAUAUUUCUGGUGCUGCUGUCAAAAUGGCUGAAGAUCGUCAAUGUUCUCUUAGUGAUUUGACUGUGGAUGAUCUCAAGACAUUACAUCCUUCUUUUGGAGACGACGUUGGUUCUGUCUGGAGCUAUGAAACUUCAAUUGAAAACCGCAAUACACCUGGUGGUACUGCCAAAUCUUCUGUCUUAGACCAGAUCAACCUUCUGAAGACAUGGUUAUCUUCUAAAAAGCAUUAGAAACCCCCCCC